AUGGUCAUGUUUCAUUAUUUAGACACCAUAUUAGUCCCCUUGAGUCUCUUCAUCACAAUCGGCUACCAUGCCUAUCUUUGGCACAUCUUCAAGAACAAGCCGUCUCUGACAUCAAUUGGCAUGGACUUCUUAGUAAGGAGAGCAUGGCUUCAAGAACUCAAUCAGGCAAAUCCAGAUGGUGAUGAGAAGAAGGGCAUGCUGGCGGUUCAAAGCUUGAGAAAUUCUUUGAUGGCUACUAUAUUAACUGCUUCAAUCACUAUUCUCAUUACAGUGUCAUUGGCAGCUCUGACAAACAACGUCUACAAUGGAAACCACCUCUUCAGUGGUACUUUUUUCGCCUCACAUUCCAGUAGGAUUACAGUAUUGAAGUAUGGCUGCGCGUCACUCUUUUUGCUGGCAAGCUUCUUAUGUAGCUCUGUCGCCCUCGGAUGCUUGGUAGAUGCCAUUUUCUUGAUCAAUGCAUUGGGCGAAUUCUCAUUGUCCCCUGAAUACGCACAAAUGAUAUUUGAAAGAGGUUUCAUGUUGGCUACGGUUGGCAGCCGGGUGCUUUGCCUCACUUUUCCACUCUUGUUAUGGACGUUAGGUCCAGUGCCAGUGGCCAACAAGCCGUCUCUGACAUCAAUUGGCAUGGACUUCUUAGUAAGGAGAGCAUGGCUUCAAGAACUCAAUCAGGCAAAUCCAGAUGGUGAUGAGAAGAAGGGCAUGCUGGCGGUUCAAAGCUUGAGAAAUUCUUUGAUGGCUACUAUAUUAACUGCUUCAAUCACUAUUCUCAUUACAGUGUCAUUGGCAGCUCUGACAAACAACGUCUACAAUGGAAACCACCUCUUCAGUGGUACUUUUUUCGCCUCACAUUCCAGUAGGAUUACAGUAUUGAAGUAUGGCUGCGCGUCACUCUUUUUGCUGGCAAGCUUCUUAUGUAGCUCUGUCGCCCUCGGAUGCUUGGUAGAUGCCAUUUUCUUGAUCAAUGCAUUGGGCGAAUUCUCAUUGUCCCCUGAAUACGCACAAAUGAUAUUUGAAAGAGGUUUCAUGUUGGCUACGGUUGGCAGCCGGGUGCUUUGCCUCACUUUUCCACUCUUGUUAUGGACGUUAGGUCCAGUGCCAGUGGCCGUGUCUUCUAUGGCGUUGGUUUGGGGACUCUAUGGGCUUGAUUUUGCUGCCAACUUCACGGAAACUAUUAAGAAGAGCCUCACUUGA